AUGAAAAAGAAUAAAAGACAGAAUAAAAAUCUUCCACUGAAACAAGAAUCAUGGAGAAAAUUGCACCAGAUGAUUAGUCAAAUUACCAGUGUAGCUAAAGCUGAUAGGAUCAUAGUAUCUGCAACUACACCAAAGCUUUGCUCCUGCAGUCGUGGCCUAUGUUAUUGCUGCUUACAUAUACGAUUCAAUUUUGUACAACAUAAAGUUUGCACCAAUAUUAGUUAUAAUCCAGACGAAUUCGAAUUCACUGCUAAAGUAAUGAUUAAUGACCAACUCUUGUAUAUGCGGACUAUCUCUGGUAAAAAUCCUAGACCUAUAUGUAUAUUUGUUCCAAGAAUACCAGUGAUUCGAGCUUGUAUACAAUUUUAUAAUAUAUAUUUUCAAGGAAAAAAUAUUCAUGCUUGUAUUAAUAUUGUGGGUAAAUAUCAAGAUAUAACUCUGUUCAAAGUUGGAAUGGAAUGCUUGAGAUUCGGAUUUAAUGGGAUAGCACUUGUAAAACCAGAAGAUGGUGGUGGAUUACAUGAAGUAGAAUUUCUUCUUGACAAUACAAAUGGCGAAGUAAAUGAUAAUGUCGAUUAUGAUGACUAUUAUAACAAUAAUACAGAUGAAGAUAAUAUUUUUAAUUAUUAA